CAUGAGCUUAUUUUUAUUUGGUUUUGACCCGAAUAUACAUUAUUUUAUAUGUAUAUUGAGCCUAGUGGUAUACAUUUUUUGAAUUUUGGCGGAACUGUGGGAUUUUUUAGUAAAAACUUACGGCUUAUCGCGAGCGCUUGGUGCAAAAGGGCAUGUGCCAGUCUGGUCACACUAGCCGAAAACAAAAAACAGACAACGUUUUAAUCGACGAUUUAAAUUUUAAAAGAACACCAGGCGCAAUGCAAUAAGCUCCGCGUGUCAGAUUGCCAGCAGUACCAGCAGCUCCAGGACCAGGCCUUGCCACUUGCCCCUUGCCCCCGCCCAUCGCCACCGAUCCGCGGCAGAAUCGGCGCCGCACUAAGCCACGAGAGCACGGCCCAAUCCCAGACGAAAAAUGCUGGGCAAGCGGACGGGGUCGCGGCACAUAGCCGUCGUGCUGCUGAUGUGCCUCUUCUGGUACGUGAUCUCCUCCAGCAACAAUGUGAUCGGCAAGAUGGUCCUGAAUGAGUUCCCCUUCCCGAUGACCGUGACUCUGGUGCAACUGUGCAGCAUCACGCUGUACAGCGGGCCCUUCUUCAACCUGUGGCGCAUCCGGAAGUACCAGGACAUACCCCGCUCCUACUACUACCGGCUGAUAGUGCCGCUGGCGCUGGGCAAGCUCCUGGCCUCAGUCACCUCCCACAUCUCCCUGUGGAAGGUGCCAGUUUCCUACGCGCACACGGUCAAAGCCACAAUGCCACUAUUCACCGUCGUCCUGACGCGCCUUUUUUUCGGCGAGAAACAGCCAACGCUCGUGUACCUGAGUCUGCUGCCCAUCAUCACGGGCGUGGGCAUAGCCACCGUCACGGAGAUCUCCUUUGAUAUGAUGGGCCUCAUCAGCGCCCUCAUCUCCACAAUGGGCUUCUCCAUGCAAAACAUCUUCUCAAAGAAGGUGCUCAAGGACACCAACAUCCACCAUUUACGGCUGCUGCAUUUGCUUGGCAAGCUGUCGCUGUUCAUCUUCCUCCCCCUCUGGCUUUACAUGGACAGCUUUGCUGUAUUCCGCCACACGGCCAUUAAAAACCUCGACUACCGGGUUAUUGCCCUGCUUUUCGCCGACGGUGUCCUAAACUGGCUGCAGAACAUCAUCGCCUUCAGCGUCUUGUCUCUGGUGACUCCGCUCACCUAUGCGGUGGCCAGCGCAUCGAAGCGGAUAUUUGUGAUCGCAGUAUCGCUCCUAAUCCUGGGCAAUCCAGUGACGUGGGUCAAUUGCGUGGGCAUGACGCUGGCCAUUGUGGGCGUGCUCUGCUACAAUCGCGCCAAACAGAUCACACGGGGUCGCGAGCAGCCGACACUGCCGCUGUCGCAGACCAGCCAUGUGAAGUACUCGCCGCUGGACCAGCAGACGGAUCCCUAUUACCGGGGAUCGGUCAACGGGAAGCUAUCCAAUGGGUUGCACAGAGCGCCCGGAAACAGUCUGCUGGCGAACGGCAGCGGAAUGCCGAGCGGGACGGCAACGCGGCUACUAUUUGUUUAGUUUUAGUUAGUGAAUGUAUCCAAUAAGCGGGUUAGCUGAAUAGUAUUAACCUGUGACCACCACCAUCCAAAUUCCAACUCUACCCCUAUAUAUAUACAUAGAUAUAUAUAUAUGUUCAAUGUAUAUAUUUAAUACGUUUGACUUAAGAGGCGCAACUCUAAAUUUAAUAACUGGAAUGAAGAAAAACAUUUCCAUCCUCAAUCGAAUUUAAAGGAAGCGGCUACAAUACCAGUAAAAUUUGUUUCAAAAUAAUUCCCCUUAUAAACCAAAAACAAGAUCACAACUUACUUUUGAAACAUUUAGUUUGCUUCUUUUAUAUGAUUGCAUUGAAAUAGGAAAACAAGACGUAGAUGAGAUGGUGCUUAAACAAUACGGCUAAUGAUUAGUAGUUAAUGCAAAGGAGUGACUGAAGAAGUGUCUUAAUUUCAAUAUAGUGUUGCUCUAGUGUUUCGCAAAAUUUCAAUUUAAAUCUCGCUAUGAGAGAAAACGACACAUUCAUACGCAAGGUGUUUAAAAUGCCUGACCUUAUGACCUAACCUAAUUCUUUAGUUAAUCAAUCGAAAAUGUAAAAUUUGGAUGUUGGGCCGAUUGAGUCAAAAGUGCGUAAUAUAUGUGUGUAUACUUAGAAUGCAAAGCAAUGCUGUAAAUUAAAGGUAUUUUUGAUAUUGUUUUGGAGGCGCCGAGCCGAAUGUGUAAAUAAGUAGUUUGAGUCCCCGAUUUUCAUAUCCCCCCCCUGCCCGCCCGCUAGUUUCGAAUUUGUUUUUGAAUUUGAUUAAGCCGUAAAGUGUAUUCAGAAAGCGUGAGCGCAUGUUAAAUGCCAAAAUAAAAUUGUUGACCAUGUAUGUACAUAGGCAUAGCAAAUGCAAA